UUAUUGCAAUAUUUUAUGCACAAAAUAAAGAAAGAAUGUGAAUGGUUUUACUAUUUACUAUUUAUUUUCUUAAUGGGAAUUCUCCCUGUUAUAUAUAAUAAAUAUGUAAAUUGUACCUAUAAAUUGUUUGCAGGCAGUGGGCAAAUCCAGCUCUGGCAAUUUCUGCUCGAAUUGCUUUCGGAUUCGCAAAAUUAUGCUCAUUGCAUUGCCUGGGAAGGUAGUGGUGGCGAAUUUAAGUUAAUAGAUCCAGAUGAAGUUGCACGACGAUGGGGAGAACGAAAAAGCAAACCGAAUAUGAAUUACGACAAAUUAAGCCGUGCACUUCGAUAUUAUUACGACAAGAAUAUUAUGUCCAAGGUGUUUUUUCUUCUUUUUUCUUUUGUGAAAUUCUUUAUUUUAAAAUGCAGAAAAUUUUUAUACCAUAAAAAUGAAUGCACCACUCUACUUUCCCAGUGGGACUACUUGGGCACCCUUGAGAAGCUCAUCUGCAUUAUUGCAGAACUUUCUCUCUCAGGCCUCGGAGGACCAGAGGAUGAUGAUAUUUACACCACAAACAAGAAAUAA